UAAGGAGAUCACAGUUAUGUUUACUAUAAAGAUGUCCUCCUUGCUAGCUGCUAUCUUGGAUUUGGUCAACAAAAUGGCCAUAAUCUAAGGAGUUCACUUUAUCUCAGCACUAAUAACAUUUGUUCCUUGUAUGAGCUUCCCGAAAACGUCCUGAAAAUGCAAUUGAAGCAUCUUAAGACGCUAUUAACACCCCAGGAGGGUGCUGCCAAAGUGACGUGCAUGACCUGGGCACCGAAUAACACCAAGUUUGCUGUUUGCACUGUCGACAGAGUGGUGCUACUCUAUGAUGAGCAGGGAGAAAGGAGAGACAAAUUCUCCACCAAACCCCUGGAUUCUAAGUAUGGAAAACACAGCUAUGUUGUCAAUGACAUGGCGUUUUCACCGGACUCUACCAAAAUUGCUAUCGGCCAGUCCGACAACAUCAUCUUUGUCUACAGAAUUGGAGAGGAUUGGGGGGACAAAAAAGCCAUUUGCAACAAAUUUGUUCAGACAAGUGCUGUGACUUGCUUGAUUUGGCCUGCAGAGCAUGCAAUUGUUUAUGGAUUAGUGGAUGGCAAGGUUCGCCUAGCCAACACUCAGACAAACAAGUCAUCAACCAUCUACGGCACAGAGUCCUGUGUUGUCUCCCUGGCAUCCAAUGUUUCUGGUAAAGGCAUCCUAUCUGGCCACGCUGAUGGGACAGUCGUGCGUUACUUCUUUGAUGACGAAGGCUCAGGGGAGUCUCAGGGUAAGCUGUUGAUGCACCCUUGCCCACCGUACGCUCUGGCCUGGGGUGCAAACAGCAUCAUGGUUGGCGGCUGUGACAAGAAGGUGGUGGCCUACGGCAGAGAGGGUCAUAUUCUGCAGACCUUCGACUACACCCGCGACCGGACGGAGAAGGAAUUCACCGUGGCCGCCACCAGCCCCAGCGGGCAGUCUGUUGUGUUUGGCAGUUAUGACAGGUUGCGGGUGUUUAACUGGGCUCCCAGGAGAGGGCUGUGGGAUGAAUCCAGGCCUAAAGAGAUUCUCAACCUCUACACUAUCACCAGCUUGGCCUGGAAGAAAGAUGGAUCACGCCUCUGUGCUGGAACUCUGUGUGGGGGAGUGGAGCUGUUUGAUUGCUGCUUGCGGAGAACCAUCUAUAAGAACAAGUUUGAGAUGACCUACGUUGGCCUGAGCCAGGUGAUAGUGAGGAACCUCUCUACAGGAACGCGGGUGGUCCUGAAGUCCUAUUAUGGAUAUGAGAUAGAAGAAGUCAAAAUCAUGGGCAAAGAUCGGUACCUGGUGGCUCACACCUCCGACACUCUUCUGCUGGGAGAUCUGCUGACAAAUAAACUGAGCGAGGUGCCCUGGCCCGGUUCUGGAGGAAACGAAAAGUUCUUUUUUGAAAAUGAAACAGUGUGUAUGAUUUUUAAUGCUGGGGAGCUGAGCCUUGUGGAGUACAGUAACAAUGAGAUCCUGGGAUCAGUCAGAACAGAAUUUAUGAACCCUCACCUAAUCAGUGUUCGACUAAACGAGAGGAAGCAAAGAGGAGUUGACGACAACAAGAAGCUUGCGUAUCUGAUUGAUAUAAAGACGAUUGCUAUUGUGGACUUGGCUGGGGGCUACAAUCUGGGAACCAUCAGCCAUGACUCCAAGAUUGACUGGCUGGAACUCAAUGAAACCGGACGCAAACUGCUCUUCAGGGACAAGAAGCUGCGGCUCCAUCUGUAUGACAUAGAGGCUGGCGUAAAGACCACAGUGCUGAGUUUCUGCUCAUAUGUCCAGUGGGUGCCUGGUAGUGAUGUGGUGGUCGCCCAAAACAGGGGAAACCUCUGCAUCUGGUACAGUAUCGACAGCCCAGAGAGCAUCACCAUGUUCCCCAUCAAGGGAGACAUUGUGGAUCUAGAAAGAGCCGAUGGGAAGACAGAUGUGAUCGUGACGGAGGGUGUGAACACUGUGACGUACACACUGGACGAAGGCCUCAUUGAGUUUGGAACGGCUGUUGAUGAUGGGGAUUAUGACAGAGCCACAGCAUUCCUUGAGACUCUGGAGAUGUCACCAGAGACUGAAGCCAUGUGGAAGAUGCUCAGCAAGCUGGCUCUAGAGGCGCACCAGCUGCACAUCGCAGAAAGGUGUUUUGCUGCAUUGGGGGACGUCUCAACUGUGCGUUUCCUUCACCAAACAAACCAGAUUGCAGACAAAGUUUCGCAGGAAAUGGGAGGUGAUGGAACAGCGUUUUUCCAAGUCCAAGCCCAUGUGGCCAUGCUGGAUAAGAACUUUAAACUGGCUGAGAUGCAUUACAUGGAGCAGAAUGCUAUCGAUGAAGCUAUUGAGAUGUACCAGGAGCUCCACAUGUGGGACGACUGCAUUGCUGUGGCUGAAGCCAAGGCCCACCCAGAGCUGGACACCCUGCGUGGAAACUACUACCAGUGGUUAACAGAGACGGGUCAGGACGAGAAGGCCGGUGAGGUGAAGGAGAACGAGGGAGACUUCCAGGGUGCCAUCAACCUCUACCUGAAGGCCGGACUACCGGCUAAAGCCGCCCGACUGGCCAUCAGCCGGCCGGAGAUCACCAACAACAGUGACACUGUCAGUCGCAUCGCCGCCAGUCUCACCAAGGGAGAGUUUUAUGAGAGGGCAGGAGAUCUGUAUGAGAAGAUCAGAAACAAUCAGAGAGCUUUGGAGUGCUAUUGCAAAGGAGGUGCCUUCAGGAAAGCGGUGGAGCUGGCUCGCCUUGCCUUCCCUGCCGAGGUGGUUAAACUGGAGGAGGCCUGGGGAGACUACCUCGUCCAGCAGAAACAGAUGGACGCUGCCAUCAACCACUUCAUUGAAGCAGGCUGCUCACUUAAAGCCAUCGAGGCGGCCAUCGCAGCUCGUCAGUGGAAGAAAGCCGUCCACAUCCUGGAGUUACAGGAGGAUUCAUCAGCAGUGAAAUACUACGUGAAGAUAGCUCAGUACUACGCCUCCAUGCAGGACUAUGAGGUGGCAGAGCAACUGUUCGUGAAAGGAGGUCACAUCAAAGAUGCUAUAGACAUGUACACUACAGCAGGACGCUGGGAGGAGGCUCAUAAGUUGGCAGUGGAGUGUAUGACAGAGGAGGAAGUUAUGGCUUUGUACAUCAGCAGAGCUCAGGAGCUGGAGAGAGAUGGGAAAUUCAAGGAGGCUGAGAGGCUGUUUGCCACCGUGAAGCAGCCUGACCUCGCCAUAACCAUGUACAAGAAGAACCGGAUGUUUGAUGAUGUUAUUCGCCUGGUGGCCAAACAUCACUCCGACUUGCUGACGGAGACCCACCUGCACCUGGCCAAGGAGAUGGAGGCUGAAUCUAGGUUCUCGGAGGCAGAGUACCACUUCAUGGAGGCUGAAGAGUGGAAAGCUGCUGUCCAAAUGUACACAGUCAAUGAUAUGUGGGAGGAUGCAUACAGGGUGGCUAAGAGUCAUGGAGGUGCUGGUGCCCAGAAGCAGGUGGCCUACCUGUGGGCUAGGAACCUGGGAGGAGAGGCGGCCGUCAAGCUGCUCAACAAGUUUGGCCUCCUGGAAUACGCCAUUGAAUUUGCUUCUAAUAAACUCUCAUUUGACUUUGCCUUUGAUUUGGCUCGUCUUUCAUGUAAGGAAAAGAUUCCUGAGAUCCACCUCAAACAUGCCAUAUACCUGGAAGAUGAGGGAAAGUUUCCUGAGGCUGAGGUUGAGUUCAUCAAAGCAGGAAAACCCAAAGAAGCCGUGUUCAUGUACGUCCACAACAAGGACUGGGCCAGUGCGCAGCGGGUGGCUGAGGGCCACGAUCCAGAGAGUGUGUCUGAGGUUCUGGUCGGCCAAGCCAAGUUCUGCUUUGAACAGAAAGAUUUCCAGAAGGCUGAAGCCUUCCUGCUCCGAGCCCAGAGACCAGAACUUGCUGUUCAAUAUUUCAAGGAUGCAGACAUGUGGAGUGACGCCAUGCGUAUCUGUAAGGAGUAUCUCCCCAACAAGCUCUCCACGCUCCAAGAGCAGUACGAGCAGGAGACCUCUAAGAAGGGAAUCCGAGGUGUGGAAGGUCUGCUGGAACAGGCUAGGGAGUGGGAGCAGUCAGGUGAAUACUCCCGGGCCGUGGAGUGUUACCUGAAGGUCAAGGACGACUCCAACAUUGCCCUGAUGGAGAAGUGCUGGAUGAAGGCUGCAGAGUUGUCCAUCAAGUUCCUCGGUGGGGAUCGCGCAUUGGAGGUGAUCCAGGUGGUCGGACCGCGACUCACACAGCUGAGGAAGUACAACGCUGCUGCUGAGCUCUACCUAAACAUGGACCUCAUCAAACAGGCAAUUGAUGUCUUUAUUGAGGGUGAGGAGUGGAACAAAGCCAAGCGAGUCGCCAAGGAGCUGGAGCCAAGGUAUGAGGACUAUGUGGACCAGAAAUACAAAGAGCACCUUAAGAACCAAGGAAAAGUUGACUCACUGGUGGGUGUAGAUGUGGUGGCGGCCCUGGACAUGUAUGCAGAGCGAGGCCAGUGGGAGAAAUGUCUGGAGACAGCAUCUAAACAGAACUUUAAGAUUCUCCACAAGUACGUCGCUCUGUACGCCACACACCUCAUCAAGGAGGAAGAGGCUCUGAAGGCUCUGCAGCUCUACAUACAGCACGGAGCACCACCUAACCCUCAGAACUUUAAUAUCUACAAGCGCCUGUUCCUGGACCUGAUUAGUCUUCCUGACACUGAUGGACCAGAGUCUUACCGAAUGUGGGCCGACCUCCGCCAUUUCCUGCUGCAGCUGUGUGAGAACAUAUCGAAGUCAGCCGAGGCCAACUCUCCAGCUCAUGAAGACUUUGAACAGUUACUGCUGAUUGCUCACUACUACGCCACACGAUCCGCCGCCAAGGGAGUUGAGCAGCUGAUCAGUGUCGCAGCCAAGCUGUCUGUCUCUCUGCUGCGUCACACUGAGCUCAUUCCUGCAGACAAGGCUUUCUACGAGGCUGGCCUGGCCUGCAGGGCUGUCGGCUGGGAGAACAUGGCCUUCAUCUUCCUCAAUCACUUUCUGGAUCUGUGUGAUGCGAUUGACGAGGGGACCCUGGAUGCUCUGGACCACUCUGACUUCCUGGACACCGACAUUCCCUUUGAGGUUCCAGUUCCCACCAAACUCUGUGUCACCGACGCCCAGCGGGAGCAGAUCCGUGACUGGGUAUUGAUGGUAUCCAUGGACAAUCGGUUGGAGCAAGUUCUGCCGCGCGACGAGAGGAACUCGUACGAAGCCUCGCUGGUGGCCGCCAACACCGGCCUUCGCUCUCUGCCCUGUGUCCUCACCGGUUACCCUGUGCUGAGGAAUAAGAUUGAGUUUUCGUCUGUGGGGAAAGCAGCCAACAAGGAAGACUGGAACAAAUUCCUCAUGGCCACAAAGACCACUCACAGUCCAGAGUGUCAGGACGUCCUGAAGUUCAUCAGCCAGUGGUGCGGCAGUCUGCCAGUAUCUGGAUUCUCCUUCCACUGAUAGAGACACACACAACAGACAACACAUAAAUAUAUAUAUAUUCAGACCUUUGAAGACUCAUGCACACACACACAUAUAUAUAUACAUAUAUAUAUAGCUAUUUUGCUAUCUCUUGUUUUGUUACACUUCCGUUUUUGCUGCAAGAUUUGAAAUACUUCAUCUGUAAGUGCUCACCUCUCUUCUUCUUUCUUUUUUGUUUUAUAUGUUCAAAGAAACCCAAACCCUUACUAAAACAUUUUUGAAUAGCCACCAGCUGUUUCUUUUCACACUAUUCUUUUCAUAUUUCCUGUAAAUUCUCCUCACAUGGUGAUCAAAAAGUGUUCACAUCCAGAUUUGUAAUCCUGUGAAAAGCUCUUAUUCCCUUAAUUUUAUUGUGUAAAUAUUGUGGAAUACAGCUGCUUAAGACAACAAACCCAAUCACAUUUGUAUAAAUAUUACCCUGAGGACAUGAUCUCAAUUCAAACUGUGGAUUUAUAUACAACGUUUUGAUUGAGUAUGCUUAAAGCAAUUGUUCUGCAUUUUGAGAAACACGCUUAUUCACUGUUUUUGCCAUUUUUAUGUCUGUACGAUAAAUAUAAAGAUGAUGUCAGAAGUGUGUUGGGGGAGGGGGGUUAUGUCAAUUUCUUGAUUGGUAGCAGUGAUGACAGGACUUCAGUUAGUUACUGUUCCUGGCCAAGAAAUAUAGUAGUUUUAGUGGAUUUAGCUAAAUCCCCCUGUUUCCAGUCUUUAUGCUAAGCUAAGCUAAACGGCUGCUGGCUGUGGCUUUAUAUUUACCGUACAGACAUAAGAGUGGCGUUGAUUUUCUCAUCUAGCUCUCAGCAAGAAAGCAAAAGUGUAUUUCUCAAAAUGUUGAAAUAUUCCUUUAAAAUUUAACAUUGUCCCAGCAGGUAAAUUCUGUAAAACAAAAAGUUUCAUUGAAUUCAGAGUGGAAUUUGAGAUGAUGGUGCAAACUCUUUACUAAAGCCCAAAUUAUUUGUCGAAACAAAACUGUCUAGAAGAAAAACGCAUAUGUCGUGGAAUUAGAAAGUGGAUCAGUGCAGGGACGAAAGGCAUUGAAAUUUUAACUUUUACUAUCCUAUACAGGCAGUGACGAUCCAAAUUAUCAUCUACAUAUCGAAGUGAAAUCUAAUCCAACAAUAUCAGUGUGAUUUUUACUCUGAAGUGCUUUUUAGUUGAGGCCAUGUUACAGGAUAAGGCUGCCAAUAUCUAUUUUUGUUACUGUCAACAAGACCAAAACCAAGAAUGUGUUAGUUCAUCUUCUAAAACUUCCUGAUUUCCCUAGUUUGUCUUUGGCUCUCAACCCAAAGCCCACUGGUUCCUGCUGAAGACACUUCACAAAUAUGUAGUUACAUAAAAUUGUUAGUAGAUACUUAUUGGUUUCCGUGUUUUCAUGGGCUUUGUUGACAGAAAGAAAAAUCUAGAGUUGUCAGACUUUUUUAGACUUUUGCGUCACCAUAGUCUGGAUGAAGGGCCAGACGAACCUCCCACUGACUUCCUGUGCUUACAUCUUAUUUUUGUUCUCUGGCCGGUCAGUUUAUCCUGAGCCUUCACCAUGGAAACACAUUCCCCUACUCUGCUGUAUCACCAGUUUAUCUUGUCUAUUUUUUCCUCUCCUCUUUCGCUCUCAUCAGAAAGACUUUUGCUCAGGAUGGCGUCACUGAAUAAAAAGCCAAAGGUUUCUGUCAGAUUUUAACAAGAUAGUUUCUAGUCCAGAACAUAUUAUAAUACUUUAAUUGGUUUGACUGAUAGAAAGAUUAUUUAAUGUGCACAGUCUGAAAUUAAAAAAAGAGCUGUUAUAAUAUGUAUUUCAGAAGGCAGCAUCUCUGGCGAUGCCUUUUAUUGUCUGUUUGAUAUGGAAUUUAUUUUGUUUUAUAAAGUUAAAAUAAAAGAUUGUUGUCAAACAUUUUA